AAAAAACAACGAGCGCGGCGUGUAAACAACAAAAAACACGCGACACGCGAUUUCGCGUUAAUUUUCCGAUCAUUCCACGGUGCAAUUAUCAGCUACCCAAUAAAACAUGAUUUCCAGGGCACACGUCAUCGGAUAGAACGGGAAACGAGUUUUGUUAUGCUGGUGACCGGCGCAAAUGUACAAGAUGUGGAUCACGUGGAAAGCGUUCAUGUACUUCACCUUGAUAUCAUUACUCGAAGCCACGCUGGAUUGGCCCGAGCCAAACGAUGAACUCAUGCUCAGUCUCACCAGGGGCCAUUUGCACGAGUACGAGCUUACGCAGGCGCACAAUCUGUACCGACAGGAUGUACUCCAAAAAUCGUGCAUUUACAGCGUUGCCAAAGACGAUAUUGCCGAGCGGAUAGAACUGCUGAAGGAAUUUCCCACCGAUCAUCUGCUGAUCGACCGUGAUCACAAGUUUCUUUACUGUUACGUACCAAAGGUCGCCUGUACGAACUGGAAACGUAUGAUGAUGAUCAUGGUGAGCAAGUGGAAUGGGACAGACCCGCUACAAAUUCCGGCCGAUUUGGCACAUUCGGCGGGUAUGUUCGAAACGUUCCAAUCGCUCAGCGACGAAGAGAAAGCCGUCGUGCUGUCCGAUUACAAUCGCUUCAUUCUGGUUCGACAUCCACUGGAGCGGUUGCUCUCGGCCUUUCGAAACAAACUCGAGGGCAACUCCCGUAGCGCCAAAUAUUUUCAGUCCCGCAUCGGCCGGCAGAUCAUUAAAUCGUUUCGGCUGCACGCGACGAACGAAUCGCUUGCCAACGCGAACGACGUUACGUUCUACGAGUUCAUACAGUACCUACUUACGCCCGAGCUAAGCAAGAGCGGCAACAUGUCGUUUAAUGAGCAUUGGGAACCGAUUUCCAACCUCUGUCAUCCGUGCCUGGUGCAUUACAACAUCAUCGGCAAGUACGAGACGCUGGCCGAUGACUCGUCGCUCGCCCUGCAUAUGGCCGGCGCCGGCAGCCUGAGCUUCCCGUUGGUCUACAAGACCGCGAGCACCCGGGAACGCUUGAAACAGUACUUUAACGACAUUCCAUUCGAAACGUUGAAACGUUUGUAUUUGUUAUACGAGAGCGAUUUUAAAAAUUUUGACUACGGCCUCGAGGAAAUUUUUGGCCUAGAGCUUGUCUAGAUUAGGGGGGAGAUUAGGGGUAGUGUUAACAAAAUGGCUUUCGCAGUUUAGCGAGCAUUUAGCCACGGGGCGAGGGUUGUUAUUUUUUUGCUUUUAAUAUCCGGUUUUAUCCCAACGAAACACGUAUACCUAGCGGUACUUAUGGCAUACAGGGAAAGCGAAGCAGAAUGGUUUAAGGUUUUCCAUUUUAUUUGACAAUGAUCAUGUGAUAUUAUACUGCUAAUGUGGGGGCAUUUAAAAUAAAUGGUAUUACUAAUACUCUGCAACAGACUCUGCUACGCUGAGUUAGUUUUUCGAUUCAUUUGUCGGUUCUUCGCCUUCUUCCAGGGUUUUAUUCGGUUGUUCU